GUUUUUUUAAAUGAGAACGAGGGGCUAACCUAUAACAAGCGUCCACUCUCAAGCAAUCACUUCCUCCGACGCCGUUACUAGGUACUGCGAUCCCACUCCAUUUCUUGCAGCUGGCGGUCCACAGAAAUACAAUUCCGGCUACUCACUUCCCAAGUUAAGGUGGGAUUUUAUCUGAGCGGUCUUUAGUUGGUUAUAUAAGUUAUGGCAGCUAAGGACACUGCACCUUCCUUGGAGAUUUUAGUUAGAGGACCAGAAGGGUGUUUUGUGUGGAAUGGGCCACCAUUUGGGAAUGGUGAACCAAGUGUUAAGCUUGAGAGAGUUCCUUGUAGUCGUGCAAAGUUUAGUGAAGAUGGGUCUAGGCUUCUGGUGAUGAAAAGUGAUUUUGUUAUUAGUAUCUAUGAUUGCAGUAGCUUUAAGGAGAUUAAAUCUUUCCAAGUUCCCAAUGUUCUAGCUGCUGUGUUGUCACCUUGUGGGACUUAUCUUCAGACUUUUCAGAAAUCAUCGACACCACAGGAUAAGAAUCUGGUUUUGUGGAAGAUAGAGAGUGGUGAUUCUGUUUAUCAGCAAUUCCAAAAGAACAUGACAAAGACCACGUGGCCCUCGAUCCGAUUAAGUUCUGAUGAAGCUGUUGCAUGUCGGAUGGCAACAAAUGAAAUACAAUUUUUCGAUCCCAAAGAUUUCUCUAAAGGAAUUGUUCACCGCAUAAGGGUUCCUGGGGUAGCUGCUGUUGAGCUUUCAAUGGUGCCAGGGUCUCAUGUGGCAGCAUUUAUCCCAGAGUCUAAGGGUGUUCCAGCCAGUGUUCAGAUAUUUGCUUGUGGGAAAGAAAUGCAAAGUCAGCCUGUUGCUCGAAGGAGCUUUUUCCGAUGUGAUACAGUGCAACUGAAAUGGAAUCGUGGUUCUACCGGGCUUCUGGUGGUCGCGCAAUCAGAUGUUGACAAGACCAAUCAAAGUUAUUAUGGAGAGUCCAAGCUGAACUACCUUACAACCAAUGGGUCCCAUGAGGGGCUGGUACCUCUACGUAAAGAGGGGCCAAUUCACGAUGUUCAGUGGUCAUGUUCUGGUUCAGAGUUUGCUGUUGUUUAUGGAUUUAUGCCUGCAAGCGCAACAUUGUUUGAUAAGAAGUGCCAUCCUCUACUUGAGCUUGGAACGGGCCCUUACAAUACUGUCCGAUGGAACCCAAAAGGGAAAUUUCUAUGCUUAGCUGGUUUUGGUAACUUACCUGGUGACAUGGCUUUCUGGGACUAUGUGGACAAAAAAAAAAUUGGAACAACUAAGGCUGAAUGGUCUGUAACAAGCGAGUGGUCCCCAGAUGGGUGCUAUUUCAUGACUGCCACAACAGCUCCAAGACUACAAGUUGACAAUGGGAUUAAAAUUUUCCACCACAAUGGAUCACUAUACUUCAAAAAGAUGUUCGAUAAAUUGUACGAGGUUGAGUGGAAACCAGAAUCACCAGAUAGAUUUGGUGAAAUUGCAGAACUAAUCAAGUCUGUUGAUUCAUUAAAAGUCACAGAAACCAAAUCUCAAGGACAAGGUGCAGCCUCCAAGAAAACUGCCCCUGCUCAGAAACCUGCUGCUUAUCGCCCUCCACAAGCUAAAGCUGCUGCUGCUGUUCAGGCAGAGUUGUUUGGAGGAAGCUCCACUGAACAAAUGAGCAAGAAUGCGCUGAAGAACAAGAAAAAAAGAGAGAAACAAAGGGAGAAGAAGGCCGCUGAGGCUGGCACAACUGCUGAGGGUUCAUGAUAGAAUACAAGAUUGCUGCUGGACCAUUUUCAAACUGCGUACUGAAGAUUGGAUGUUGAUUCCUGCAGAAUUGACACUGGACCACAUUUAAACGCAGUAUUGUUCCUAACUAGAAAUUUAGGCCUAUGAAAGAAUAUGAGGUGGUCAAAUAGAAGCAUACACAUGCAAGCACAUGCCUUUUUAUUUGAAAUUUUGUUGGAUGAUUUAUGUAUUAACGCAAAGGGUUUUGAGCUGCUCGUUGAGAUUUGUAACGGUAUGAUAACAUUGUUAGCAUUUUGCCAUGUUGUCGCUAGUCGAUAGAUGUUUUGGAACAUGUUAGAGGCAGAUGCGUUUGUCAUCAUCGUCAUUCAUUGACAAUUUGUAGUUUUAUAUAUGCAAGAGAAUGAUGUGUGUUCUA